AUGGCCUCAGUCAAAGGCAAAUAUGACCACUUGCCGCUCGCCAACAAAGGGCCGCUCAAAGUUCCUUUCUCUGGGCGCCUUGUGCUAGAUAAUCCCUUCUACAACAAAGGAACUGGCUUUACCUCGCAGGAGCGUUCGGAUCUUCGUCUCAAAGGCCUUCUCCCCACAAACAUUCAGACUCUGGAGGAGCAGGUCGCAAGAGCUUACCAGCAGUACUGCAAUCAGCCUGACGACUUGGCCAAGAACACCUUUAUGACCUCCAUGGCUGAACAGAAUACCGUGCUCUACUAUCGUCUGGUCCAAGAUCACUUGAAGGAGAUGUUCAGCAUCAUCUACACUCCGACCGAGGGGGAUGCGAUUGAGAACUACUCCCGGAUCUUCCGCAGACCCGAUGGAUGCUUUCUGAGUAUCAAACAUCCGGACGAGGUCGAAGAACGGUUGAGUAAGUUUGUCAGAGAAGAUGAUCCCGACGGCGGCGUAGAUUACAUUGUUGUGAGUGACGGCGAGGAGAUUCUUGGGAUCGGAGACCAGGGCAUUGGAGGAAUUUUGAUCAGUGUGGCGAAGUUGGCCCUGACUACCAUCUGCGCUGGUCUUCACCCAGAUAGAACGCUUCCGGUCGUGCUCGACACCGGUACUGACAACGAGAAGCUGCUCAAUGACCCCCUCUAUCUGGGUCAUCGCUUCCGACGUGUUCGGGGAGAAGCAUACGAUGACUUUGUGGACAAAUUUGUCAGGACGGCCAAAACGCUGUAUCCCAAGGCUUACAUUCAUUUCGAAGACUUUGGUCUCACAAACGCUCGCAGGUUGCUAGACAGAUAUCGAGAUCAAACCGCCGUCUUCAACGAUGACAUACAGGGCACCGGAUGUGUGACCCUGGCGGCAAUCAUGGCUGGAAUUCACAUCAAUAAGGUCAAAUUGGGGGAGCUGAAGGUUGUCGUCUUCGGUGCUGGAACCGCUGGAUGCGGGAUAGCGGAGCAGAUCCAGGCCGCAAUCGCCACAGAAGCAGGAAAAAGCAGAGAGGAAGCGGCAGAGCAGAUAUGGUGUGUCGAUAAGCCCGGCCUCUUACUGGACUCCAUGGGUGACAGUCUCUCGAUUGCCCAAAAACCAUUUGCGCGCAAUGCCUCCGAAUGGGACGGAAAAGACUCCCAAUCUUUACGAUCCAUUAUUUCCCAUGUGAAACCGCAUGUCCUCAUAGGGACAUCGACCAAAGCUGGUGCAUUUUCCAAGGAGGUUGUCCAAGAGAUGGCCCAGCACAUUGACAGGCCCCUGAUUUUUCCCCUUAGCAACCCAACUCGUCUCCACGAAGCCAAGCCAGAAGACCUCAUAAACUGGACAGACGGUCGCGUUCUGGUGACGACAGGAUCACCAUUCCCACCGGUCAAGUAUAAAGGCAAGGAGAUCGAAGUCGGUGAGUGCAACAAUUCUGUGUGUUUUCCUGGCAUCGGCCUUGGUGGAGUCCUGGCCCGCACCAAGCUGGUUACAAACAGGAUGCUAGUAGCAGCAGUGACGGCAUUGGCGAAAGAGUCUCCUGCUUUCCAAGGCCCGGAGAAAGCCCUGGUUCCGGACGUGGAAGAUGCUAGACGUGUUAGUGUCAAAAUUGCUAUGGCCGUCAUCCGGUGUGCCGUUGAGGAUGGGCUUUCUCAGACGACAGAUGUCCCUGUUAACAGUGACGAGGAUCUGGAGGAAUGGGUCAAGGCGCAAAUGUGGGAUCCAGUCUACCGACCAUAUGUGUGCCAGUGA